AUGGAAGAUCAGGGAGGAGACCCGCGAGACUCCUGCUUGACUAUCCUCCUCCCGCAGACCAAGCCAUCUCAACGCAAACAGAAGCAAUCACGUACAAGCGCACCCAAAGUACGAACAGGAUGCAUCACUUGCAAGAAACGUCACAUAAAAUGCGAUGAGGCCAAGCCGUAUUGCAGUAACUGCCUUCGAAACCGAGGUUAUUGUGAAGGCUAUCCUGAACCAGGAGGGAACGCCGCCUCCGAGCGUCGGCCAAUUUCCUUGGAUUCCAGACAGCUCACUCGACUUGCCGCAUCUCCAAGAACUCAGAUGAAGCUGGAUUUGGACGCACUCGACUUCCCCAAUGCCACAGGAAUGCUCUACUUUCAAGAGUUUGUCAGCCUUGUUAAGGCACCAUGGGCCACAGCCACAUCUUGCGAUGGCUUGUGGGGGGUGACGCUGCCACAGCUCGCCCGCACCAGCAACACCCUUCGGUCCGCCGCAAUGGCCAUCGGUGCGCUGAGUCUAUGGCAUAGCCAGUCCAAAGAUGGCUCGCUCAGCACAGUUUCAAUGCCGGAGGUGCCAGUCACCAAAAGUGACGUUCACUACUUCCAUGCUGUAGCUCACUACUGUCAGUCUCUCAAGCAGCAGUGCCAACAGGCUUCCCUUCAGGAUGCAGUAAUCUUGUCGGUGCUCCUACUCUUUUUCGAAAGUCUCAGGGGUAACAGGAAAGCUGCCCUAGAUCAUAUCAAUCACGGAUUGACAUUUUUGCUCGCCCUCAUCACAGACGAAGAUGCACAGCACCAUAUUGACAGUUUGGCACCAAACCCGAGGCCACUCUUAGCAGCGGUAGCUGAUGUUUACUACCCUCUGGCGAAACAGGCCCGUACUGUCCUGCGUGACAGAAUGAAUGAUGGCCUGCCUCUCCCAAACCUCACAGAGGGGCUGCGUAGCAGAAACCAAACCAUGGAGUCCUUCAUAGUUCUUUUGAGCCAACUGCCCAGAUCUUCAGUGUCCAUCGACGAGAUUCCCGCCACAUUUGACAGCCUCCAAGAGUUCGAAAAGUACUGGCACGUUGUUCGGCGGGCGCAGACUGCGAUAAUGACCAUCAUGAUGGACGCCAUCCAGGGCUUAGAUGCGUGGGCUUUGAAAGAUGACUUUGUCAUUGUUGACUUUUACCAAGAAGUUCUUCGCAAUCCACGUAUUGGGGAAUUUUGCAAGCAAUCUGAGCAAGCCAUGGCAGCACUAGACACUGCCUUUCAGCCCCUGUUCGACAAGAUCAUCUUGUCCCACGAACCCCAAUCACCCUUGUACUUGAGGGCAAUUUAUUUGCGUCUGCAGUACCUAAGCGUUUCCAUCUUCGAAAACCCGCCAAAGUUCAUCAACGACGCAACUAUAAGGGCGCGUACAUACCUGUUCCGCGAAUAUCUCUCCGUUGCCUCAAUCGCACGCCAGGCGGCCAUGCGGGAAGUUGCAAACAACCCGGCACGCCAGUUGUCGCUUCAGUGCGACAUCUCCUGGAACCUUCUAAUCGUAGCUUUCUUCUGCCGCGACCCGCUCGUGCGCGAAGAGGCCGUUGGGAUGCUGCGGGAUUAUCCGUGUCAAGACGGUCUAUUUAAUACGCGCGCUCUACAUGCUUUAGCUAUGCGAAACCGCACUGUGGAGCGGAAUAACGCUAUCGAAGGCACGCCCGAUGAUCAGUGGCAGCGGCUGUGGCGACGGGAGCUAGUAUUUGAAGAAGGCGGAACCCAAAUCAUCCUCCGUUAUCUGGAAAGGGACGAAGAGACAAAGAUGUGGAAGUUGGUGGAGGAGACAGCCGAGAUCAAGGGCACCACCGAGCAAGUGCAGUGGAAACGGCGCCCCAUAACUGGAAGUGAGGGACUACUGAUGGCCAAGAUUUAUGCCGCUACCUAUGAGAAUUACAACUCCUCACCUUUAGCAACGGAAGUUUGA